GAGAUAAUUUCUAUUUAAUGUGUUUAUGACACUAAUCAGUUAUGGCAGGUGUUGAUACGGAUUUCUUGCCUCACCUGAGCGUAACGUUAAAUGACUGCUGGGUCGUUGGGCUCGACCGCUUCGCUGUUGGUCCUGCUGGAGAAGAAGACGAGUUUUUCGAGAUUAGGACUGAAUGGUCUGAAAAAAGCAUAACAUAUCUGCGAAGGCGAUAUCACGAUUUAGUUAAACUUGUUAAGAAUUUGAGCAAAUCAUUUCCAGACGACAGAGGACGUUUGUUGAUGCUUGAUGCACUACAGAGGAUAAAGGAAGCAGAAGAAAAUAAUAAAGUUGAAACCAGGUUGGAUGAAGUGGAAAAAUUAUUGAGAAAUAUAAUCAAAAUGCCACAAAAGUUCUCUCAGUCUGAGGCAGUUCUUACAUUUUUCAAGACCUCACCUGUUGACUAUACCUUGAAAACCAUGUAUGAACCAAGCCAGCCUUUCAACAAGAGUCCUGUCACUGUAGCUGAUGUCAGAAGGGCCAAUGGGUUUUGUUUGGCCAAUACAGAAACAGUUAUUUUUGAUGCGUAUUUACUAGCAGAAGGAGCAGCAGAGCCUUAUUCAAAUUCUGAGAUAUGGAACAGAACGAGAAUUCAAAAUGGAAUCCGAUGUGUCAAGGAAACUGUACACAAACCUGGAAAGGACUUCAUGACUCCUGGUACCAAUGAAAGUAAAGAAGAUACAGACUAUCAACCUAAAAAAUCACAAAUUAACACUAGUAACUUGACCUACCUUCACCAACAAGCCAGUGAGACAGACAUCCUUGAAUGACAUAAUGCACUUGACUGUGUAAUUACAUCUUUCUAUUUGAAAAAUCUACAGAUAUUGUCAUUUGCUUUGUCUUAUAA